AUGACUUCGUACCAGGACGCUGUUGAAAAGCUGAACACCUUGCAGUCCAAUGCGGCGACGCUCGAGGCUGUCAGGGCGUCCGGUGGCAGGUUGAGCCAGUUUGCCAUUCCGGAGAUGCUGGAGUAUCUGGGCAGGAUAGGCUAUACGCCAGAGAAACUGAAUAAAUUGAAUGUCAUCCAUAUUACUGGCACCAAAGGCAAGGGAUCCACCAGCGCCUUCACUGAUUCAAUCCUCCGCAAAGCAAAACCCGAAUGGAAAGUUGGAUUGUACACUUCACCCCACCUCGUAGCAGUCCGCGAACGUAUCCGAAUCAACGGUGUCCCAAUUUCUGAAGAACUCUUCGCCAAAUACCUCUUCGAAGUAUGGAAUCGCCUCCAAGAAAACACAACAAGGGCACACGAAAGCACGUCCGUGAUGCCUGGGUAUUUCCGAUUCGUCACAUUGCUGGCUUUCCAUGCAUUCCUGGAGUCAAAGGUUGACGCUACGGUCCUGGAAGUUGGGGUUGGCGGAACGUAUGAUAGCACCAACAUUGUUCCGAAACCUGUUGUCACCGCUGUCAGUGCUCUGGGGAUAGACCAUGUCGCCGUUUUGGGGAAAACUUUGGAGGAUAUUGCAUGGCAGAAGGCCGGGAUCUACAAGGAUGGAGUGCCGGCUUUGACUGUUAACCAGCCAGAAUCUGCCCUAAAGGUUCUGAAGGAGAGAGCUCAAGAACUGAAGGCUUCUGCAUUUAAAGUGAUUGAAACCAUUCCGGAGGUUACAACGACUAAAUUAGGAUUGGCUGGAGAUCACCAGAUCGAGAACGCCAACCUUGCCAUCCACGUCGUUCGCCAAUUCCUCGAAGAGAUGAAGCAAACCGUUCCUGGAACCGAUACCUCUUUGAACGCGAUCGAGAAAGCCGGACUGGAGUCCACAAAGUGGCCGGGCCGUUGCCAACAAGUUGACGAUCCCCGUAGACCGCAAACAACCUGGUUCCUGGACGGCGCUCAUACUGUCGAAAGUUUGCGCUGUUGCUUCCGAUGGUUUGUAACACCGGGUGUCGCUCUUUCAACCCGGGCUGAAGAGAAAAAACCACUCCGGGUUUUGGUCUUCAAUUGCACCAACGGACGCUCUGGAGAAAGCUUUCUCGGUAUUGCACUGAAAACCAUUAACGAGCGUCUGCAAGAACUGAAUACUCGGCUGAAGGCGGACGACUUCUUCGAUCGUGUUAUCUUCUGCACCAACGUCACCUACGCUGACGGACAUUUCAAGGGCGAUUUGACCACCAUCGCAAUUCCAGAGGGCGACUUGGAAACUCUCAAGACCCAACGGCAACUCAAAGAAGCGUGGUCUGCCCAUUUACCCAACUUUCCGACUUCCGACAUCCUGGUUUUGCCUUCUAUAGAGCACGCCGUUCGCCAUAUUGAUUCUUUGCAUGACGGUGGUCGACCAGUCCAAGUGCUCGUAUCCGGUAGCUUACAUCUUAUUGGGGGUAUGAUCGAGGCCGCACAAAUUAGUGAUGUGGCUCUUUAG